AUUUAAACACCCCUCUCUGUCUCUCUGUUAAACUCAAAACCGCCACUCCCUUCGCGCCAUCUCCCUCUUCUUUCAAUCUUCGGUGACUGAAAUCUGCGUUCCAGGACACAAUAAUGGAUGAAAAAAUGGACCAUAUAUCCGGCUUACCAGAAACCUUACUUCAUGACAUUCUCUCAAGACUGCCAAAGAAAGAUGCUAUCAAGACUAGUGUUUUGUCUAAGACAUGGAGAGAAACAUUGUAUACCUUUCCCAUUUUGUCUAUUUGUGACCGAGGAUCUAUUAGGAAGUUUUCCAAGCGGAAGGAAGAUCAACCAAUUAAGGCAUUCCUUGAUCAUGGCAAGCAAAGAUUGGUGAGGUUCAGUGACCAAGGCUUAGCAAUCAAAGAAUUCAAGCUCAAGCUUAGUUUAACCUGCUAUGACCUUCAGCUUAUAUACCCUGAUGUUGAUCAGUGGCUUAAGUUAGCUAGUGAAUGUGAUGUCCAGACCCUAAAGCUUUGCCUGCCUACUUUAAAAGAGGAUGAUCCGUGCCUAUGUUAUAUCUUGCAUCCAGGUGUCAUUGAAGCAAGAUCACUUAAUAAGUUAGUGCUUAAGGGGAGAAUCAGAUUUGACAAAGAAUUCCUGAAUCCUUCAGUCAAGUUUUCCUCACUCUGUGUAUUAUCCUUGAGCUAUGUCCUUUUUGAUGACGAAGGUGCUAUCGAGCAUGUUAUUUCUCAUUGUCCUUUAAUUGAGCAGAUAACCUUGAAGUGGUGUUACGUAUACAAUCCUUCAAGAACAAAAUUUUCCUUUAUGAAAUCCUUAGGCAUACAUGGUCUGCAAAAGCUCAAGGGAGUUGAUAUUCAAGGCGUAGAAGAAGUUUAUAUUGAUGCUCCAAAUAUUGAGAAAAUAUAUUAUGGUGCUGUCAGUGAUGAGCCCUCUAAGAUAAGUUUUGAUAGUUGCAGAAAUUUGAGAGCUUUGACCUUGAUGAAUAUGAAGAUUGAAUUUAUUAUUACAAACGAGUGGUUUCUUCAUCUGUUUUCUAAAUUUCCUUUCCUUGAGAGUUUGGAAUUGAUUGAAUGUUUCAUGUUUGAUAUCAUUAAUAUUUCAAGUGGUCAACUCAAGGCUUUGGUGUUGUCUAAUUGUUCUACCAUGGUGAAGCUAGAAAUUGACACUCCAAAUCUGUCAUCAUUUCGGUACUAUUUUGCUGGUGACGACUUACCUUCCAUAUCUUUUCGACAAUGUUCUAGUCAACUGCAAGUAAAUGUUCAUCUCCACAUGUUUCCUCCAUUUCUUUACCAGUUGGGGAAAUUUGUCAAACAAUUUAAACCACAAAAAUUCUUGACAUGGCUCUCGCUCUCUAUACGUCCUGAUGAUGAUCAUUAUCAUGAUUGGGAAGAGGAAGAUGACCCAUAUUCAUUCCCAGCUACAUUCCCUGUGCCAAUCAUCAAACACUUGGUCAUACGGUCUGUUCGGGGAAUUCAAUCUAAUAAGUAUGGGCUUCUUGUGAAUCGCUUGUUCCAUAGUUGGUACCCAGAAACAAUUUCAUUGAGCUUGAACCCUUCUCAUUGCAGUAAAGCAUUCAUCGAGUCUUUAUACUUGAUGCCAAUGAAAACGAAAAAACGGUCUUUAUACUUGAUGCCAAUGGAAAUGAAGGAAAAGGGUAAGUCUUGCUCCUACUGUCAUCACAAGUCUAAGUGUUGGUUGCAUGGCUUCAAGGAUGUCAAGGUCACAAGCUCAGUCAAAAAUGAUGUGAAUGUUGUUGAUUUUGCUCAUCUCAAAUCUAUUUUAGAUAGAUUGUCAAGUUCAGAUAAUAGAAAUAUUAGUUUUAGAUUAAAAUAGUAAUUUUCCUCUUGUUAGUUAAAACAGGAAUAGAAAAUAAUAUUUUGUCCUGAUUUUCACUUCUAACUUGAACAAGAAGAAUGUGCUAGUUUUUUUUAAAUAAUUUUUAUUUAUUUUUUGUUUAGCUCUUAUUCAAACAUAUAAAAGGAAAAGUAUCGAUCUUCUAAGCAUGAAAGGAUAAUCACUAUCAAAUUCUUUAGUACAAUUCAUAAAACUAAGCUCUCAGAAGGAUUAAACAAUGUGUAAUAAUGAUAUGAAUUUUGGGGAGUGUAGCUAUUUAGUAAUAAACAUGGGAGAUAAAUAAUAGAAUACAGAUAAUAACCUCUUGUGUUCAUAUACUUUUUUUGUGGCAUAUUGUCU